AGUCAACCUCAAGAUUCCCCACAACGAUGCCACGUGUCACUUGAUGGUACAUCUCACAAAUAUCUUCUUGGCAUCUUUCUACUACUCUCUCUCUCUCUUCUUCCUUAACUUUUUGUCUUUGAUUGCUAGUCUUACCUUCUCUGGCUUUCCCUUCUCUUCCAUCCAAGAGGAAUCUUGACAUUGACAAUGAAGAUUGCCAAGGGCAAAGUGUCGACGAGGAAGGACAAAAAGGAAGUAGCACUGCCAGUUGAGGAGAGAAAGGUUGGAAAGCGAAAGGCAGCACUUAAGGCUGAUAAGAGCCGCUCGAAAUGGACCAAGAAAGCAAAAUUGGGCAAAAAGGACCCUGACAAACCAAAGCGGCCUCCUAGUGCCUUCUUUGUUUUUCUAGAAGAGUUCAGAAAGACUUACAAGGAAGAGCAUCCCAACGUGAAGGCUGUUUCAGCUGUGGGAAAAGCUGGGGGAGAGAAGUGGAAAUCCUUGACUAAAGCAUGGACUGGAUUUUGGCAGGAGAAAGCCCCAUAUGAAUCUAAAGCGGCACAAAGGAAGGUAGAUUAUGAGAAGCUUAUAAAAGCAUACAACAAAAAACAGGAAAGCGUGGUUGAUGACGAAGAUGAAGAGUCUGACAAGUCAAAUUCUGUAGUGAAUGAUGAAGAUGAUGAGGAAACUGGGGAGGGUGAAGAAGAUGAUGAUGAGGACGAUGACUGAAUCAGGCAUGCUUUGGAUUUCCAAUGCACAAGUUCUGGACUUUGUGCGAUUGUACAUUUGGUCUAUGUUAUAUUUGGUUGGUUUUCCUGAAAUUGAGAUUGCCGCUCUUACAAGCUGCUAAGUAGUAUAUGUUACUUGGAAGUUUGUUUCCAUUACUAAGUACUAACGAUAAGUGGUUAUUGUAUUGUAUCUAUUUUCGUCA